GCAGGAUGAAUGCUCCUUUCCAAGAUGGCGGCGGAGGGAGGAGGGAAGGAGAUGAACGAGAUUAAGACCCAGUUCACCACCCGGGAGGGGCUGUACAAGCUGCUGAGCCACUCGGAGUACAGCCGGCCGAACCGGGUGCCCUUCAACUCGCAGGGCUCCAACCCGGUCCGCGUUUCCUUCGUCAACGUCAACGACCAGAGUGGCAACGGAGACCGGCUCUGCUUCAAUGUGGGCCGGGAGCUCUACUUCUACAUCUACAAGGGGGUCCGCAAGGCUGCGGACUUGAGUAAACCAAUAGACAAAAGGAUAUACAAAGGAACACAACCUACAUGUCAUGACUUCAAUCACUUAACAGCCACAGCAGAAAGUGUGUCUCUUCUAGUGGGCUUCUCUGCAGGCCAGGUCCAACUUAUAGACCCUAUUAAAAAAGAAACUAGCAAAUUAUUUAAUGAGGAAAGACUAAUAGACAAGUCCAGAGUAACCUGUGUAAAAUGGGUACCAGGUUCGGAAAGCCUUUUCCUAGUAGCUCAUUCCAGUGGCAAUAUGUACUUAUAUAACGUGGAGCACACUUGUGGUACCACAGCCCCGCACUACCAGCUACUUAAACAAGGAGAAGGUUUUGCAGUUCACACUUGCAAGAGUAAAUCCACAAGAAACCCUCUGCUUAAAUGGACAGUAGGUGAGGGUGCCCUGAAUGAAUUUGCCUUUUCCCCAGAUGGGAAAUACUUGGCGUGUGUGAGCCAGGAUGGUUUUCUUCGUGUGUUUAACUUUGAUUCAGUGGAAUUGCACGGUACAAUGAAAAGCUACUUUGGAGGACUGCUGUGUGUGUGUUGGAGUCCCGAUGGAAAAUAUAUAGUAACAGGUGGAGAGGAUGACUUAGUAACAGUUUGGUCUUUUGUGGACUGUCGAGUAAUAGCUAGAGGCCACGGACAUAAAUCGUGGGUCAGUGUUGUUGCAUUUGAUCCAUAUACCACUAGUGUAGAAGAGAGUGACCCAAUGGAAUUUAGUGGAAGUGAUGAGGAUUUCCAAGACCUUCAUUUUGGCAGAGAUCGAGCAAAUAGUACACAAUCUAGACUAUCCAAAAGGAACUCUACAGACAGUCGUCCAGUAAGUGUUACGUAUAGAUUUGGUUCAGUAGGCCAGGACACACAGCUCUGUUUAUGGGAUCUCACAGAAGAUAUUCUCUUCCCCCACCAACCUCUCUCAAGAGCAAGGACACAUACAAAUGUCAUGAAUGCCACAAGUCCACCCGCUGGAAGUGGUGGAGCUAACCCAGGAAGUAAUGGAAACAGUAUCACAACACCUGGAAACUCUGUACCCCCUCCUCUUCCACGGUCAAACAGCCUUCCACAUUCUGCAGUCUCAAAUGCUGGCAGUAAAAGCAGUGUCAUGGAUGGUGCCAUUGCUUCAGGUGUUAGUAAAUUUGCAACCUUAUCGCUACAUGAUCGGAAGGAAAGACACCAUGAAAAAGAUCACAAGAGAAAUCAUAGCAUGGGACAUAUAUCUAGCAAGAGCAGUGACAAACUGAACCUAGUUACUAAAACCAAAACGGACCCAGCUAAAACUUUGGGAACACCUCUCUGUCCCCGAAUGGAAGAUGUUCCCUUGUUAGAGCCUCUUAUCUGUAAAAAGAUAGCACAUGAAAGACUGACUGUGUUAAUUUUUCUUGAAGACUGUAUAGUCACUGCUUGUCAGGAAGGAUUUAUUUGCACAUGGGCAAGGCCUGGUAAAGUGGGUUUAUUGUCAUCCCAAAACCAGGCCAAUUCUCCAAGUGGAACUGUAGUAUAGCCAUCACACUACUGCUAGCAAAUCUCUGAAUACAGGACAAGAAGUAAUGACAGUGGAACCAGGAGCUGUUCUUCAGUCAAAGAGCAUCACAAAUUAUAAUGUGGCAGAGUGUAAACAUGAAAUUAUGUGAAUCAUAGUAAUUUGCAGAGGAGUAAUGUAAUGAGUUCUUAUUACAGCUAAUACUGCUAGGCUGCUCACCCAAGGAAGAAUUUUCAUUAAAAAAAAAAAAAAAAAGAGAGAGAGAAAAGCUUCCUUUGGUACUGCAGAAAAAUAGUAACUUUUUGGUUUUCUUUAUACUUUUCAAGUCCAGUGUAAUUUAAUCUAUAUAUAUAAAUAUAUAAAUAAAAGAUAUAUAUAUAUAUAGUGUAAAAUAAAGUAUGUUUCUUAAAUUCAAGUAAGCUCAAUGGUUAAAUUAGUACUUCACCAUUGUUUAUUUUGCACUGAUUUUUUUCUUUUUAACCAGAGAUGGCUAGAAGACAGCCUGGAAUGCACUCAUGGAAAAUGAAAGUCAUUAUUUUCUGGCUACAAAAUGUUAUUCAGGAAGAUGGAUGCUGCAAUCAUAGAUUUUUUUAAAAACAGAAUUGUUUUGCACUUAUAUAGUUUAAUGCUAAUAGAGAAUUACUUUAAAAUUGGUGUCCAGGCACCAAAAAAGCUAUGUUGUGGAGAAAAGAACCUUUGUAUCUAUUAAACAUUUAUUUUAAUAUUGUUGUUUCCAACUACAAUCAACUCUGUAUUAUAUGUAUAAAUAAUGUAAUUCAGUGAUGGGGGAGGGGAGUAAUGAAUCAUUACACUAGAAAUUCUCAUCCAUCAUUUAAGAAAGUGGUAUUUCUAAUUCAGAAAAUACAUAUUAAACUACCUUGAAUAUGCAUUUUGUUUACUUUCUGUUC